UGUGUCGGCGGACUCCCAUCAAAACCAAGAUGGCGGCCGAGCGCUCAGCCGGCUCGGCUCCGUGACUGACAGAGGAGGCAGCCGCUCUUACCGCGGGAGUAACGGAAAGACUCCCAGGGAAAGCAGAACAAAACCGACCGCGCGAGCAGCGCACCUUCACCCCGCGGCAGAAAUGCAGCUGCUCCGGUGAACCACCGAGUGAAGUUCCGUGUGAGGACCGAUUUGACGUUUCACAAGCGGAGGACAGCUGGCGGGGAUGGGAAAUGAUGGAGGACAAAGGCCCCCGUGUAGCCGACUACUUCGUGGUUGCCGGUCUGACGGACCCGUCCAAGCCGUUGGACCAGGAGAUCCACUUUGAUGACGUGUGCCACAAGACGGCCAAGCCCAAAGCGCCCAUCACAGACGUGGCGGUGGUGAUCCGCUCCCUGGGCGAGGAGGUUCCUCCGGGGUUCACGUGUAUCGAGACUACGCCGAGCGGACACUCGGCCGAUCUGAACAACGGCGGCCUCAUGGCGCCGCAGAUCUUCCUGUGCUACAGGCGAGGCCGCGACAAACCGCCGCUCAUCGACCUGGGAGUCCUGUAUGAGUGGAAGGAGAGGUUGAAGCAGGGCUGCCACCUCAUCCAGACCACGCCCGCUGGUCGUCCCGCCAACAUCAGCGGCAACUCCUCCCAGCGAAUCUACGUCACGUACCGCCGAGCGCCAGACAGCCAGCCGCACGCCUCCCUGGCCGUCACCGACAUCUGCAUCAUCAUCCCGAGCAAAGGCGAGACGCCGCCGCACACCUUCUGCAAGGUGGAGAAGAAUCUCAACAGCAGCAUGUGGGGCUCCUCUGUUUACCUAUGUUACAAGAAAUCUGUGGCCAAAACCAACGUGAUCACCUACAAAGCAGGUUUAUUCAGCAGAUAUCCAGAGGAGGACUACGAGUCUUUCCCUCUGCCGGAGUCGGUCCCUCUCUUCUGCCUUCCCAUGGGGGCAACAAUCGAGAGCUGGCCAGCGAACACCAAGUACUCCCUCCCUGUUUUCUCCACCUUCGUCCUCACCGGCGCGUCUGGAGAGAAGGUUUACGGUGCUGCCAUCCAGUUUUAUGAGCCCUACCCACAGGAGUGCCUGACUGAUACGCAGCUCUCCCAGUUGGGCCUCCUGAGCCCAGAACAAAGCAACGCCUCUCCAUCCAGCCCUGCAGCGGACGCCGCCAUCAAUCCUGGGAACAGCGCCGGCAGCGCCAGCUCAGUCCACACCAACAAGUGCAUCUGCCUGCUGUCCCACUGGCCCUUCUUCGACGCUUUCCGCAAGUUCCUCACAUUCCUCUAUCGAUACUCCAUCUCCGGGCCGCACGCGCUGCCCAUUGAGAAACAUAUCUCUCACUUCAUGCACAAAGUUCCCUUCCCUUCCUCCCAAAGGCCUCGCAUCCUGGUGCAGCUUUCUCCUCACGACAGCCUGAUGUUGAGCCAGCCAGUGAGUUCUCCCUUACCGCUCAGCGGAGGAAGGUUUUCCACUCUGCUCCAUAACCUCGGUCCGGAGAACGCCGUCACCCUGCUGGUGUUCGCCGUCACCGAACAUAAAAUCCUGGUCCAUUCUCUACGGCCGGCGGUGCUGACCAGCGUCACAGAGGCGCUGGUGUCAAUGAUCUUCCCCUUCCACUGGCCGUGUCCCUACAUCCCGCUCUGCCCCCUGGCGCUGGCCGACGUGUUGAGCGCUCCCUGUCCGUUCAUCGUCGGCGUCGACUCCCGGUACUUUGACCUCUACGACCCUCCGCCUGACGUGAGCUGCGUGGACCUGGACACAAACACCAUCUUCCACAACGACGAUAAACGCGCUCUCACUUGGAAGAUCCUGCCAAAGAAAGCGUGUAAAAACCUGAUGAAUGUGCUGAGUAAUCUCCACCAGCAGCUGGUUGAUGGUCAGUACCACUCUGACGGGCUGCUGGAGUUCACCAUGAGCGACUCACAAGAGCUGAGCUGUGGGAAGAGCCUCCACAUGCUGGAGCUGGAGAUCCAGGAAGCCUUCCUGCGCUUCAUGGCGGCCAUUUUAAAGGGUUACCGCUCCUUCCUGCGCCCCAUCACACAGGCGCCGUCGGAGAAGGCCACGGACGCCAGCUCGCUUUUUGACUUACAAGGAUUCUUGAAGAGCCGCGAUCGCUCUCACCAGAAGUUUUACUCGCUCAUGACCAAGACCCAAAUGUUCAUCCGCUUCAUCGAGGAAUGCUCGUUCGUCAGCGACAAAGACACCAGCCUGGCGUUCUUUGACGACUGCGUUGACAAACUUUACAACUCAGAGCGGAGCGCAGAGAAAGGAGGGAAGGUGGACGGCGAGCGGCCGGACGAGACGCGGCUGAUCGAGAUCGACGAGUCGCAGCGCAGCGAGCACACGGUGUUCAUCACUCCUCCAGAGCUGCCGCCGCUGCCUGACGGGGAGGAAUACCCGCUCUGCUACAGGUAUGACGGUUUCCCGGUGUUGACUCUGGAGCUGUUCGACCCGGUGGAGGGACUGCGGACGCCCUCCUCCCGCCUCGCUGCCAGGCACAGCUGCCCCACAAGCCCCGCCCCCAUGUUCAGACGCACCAAACAGGAGAUCAAAUCAGCGCAGAAGAUCGCCAAGAAGUAUUCGUCCAUCCCACAGCUGUGGUCCAAGUGCCUGCUGCGUCACUGCUACGGCCUGUGGUUCAUCUGCCUGCCGGCGUACGUCAAGGUGUGCCACUCCAAGGUGCGGGCGCUCCGCACCGCCUACGACGUCCUCAGGAAGAUGCAGGCGAAGAAGCUGCAGCCGCCCGACGAGGUGUGCUACCGGGUCCUGAUGCAGCUGUGUGGGCAGUACGGUCAGCCGGUCCUGGCGGUCAGAGUCCUGUUUGAGAUGAAGAAGGCCGGCGUUCACCCCAACGCCAUCACCUACGGAUACUACAACAAGGCAGUGCUGGAGAGCACGUGGCCCUCCAGCACCAGAGGAGGAUACUUCCUGUGGAUGAAGCUGAGGAACGUCAUUCUGGGCGUGGCUCAGUUCAAACGAGCUCUGCGCCGACACGGACCGCUCACCCAGAGCCCGCUGUCAGGUGGCAGUGACCUGGAUGCUAUGAGUCACGGCAGUCUGGACAGCUCUGCCGACCCAAACCCGGCCGAGCAGAGCCCAGUAGAACCUGCUGACGAUAGAUCUAGCACAGUGGGCGGCGGGGGCGUCAGCGCGGGGGCCAGGCCUGUGACGGCCCGCUCUCCCUGGGUGGGCGCUGAGCUCAGAGAAGCCACUCUCCACCCAGGAGAUCAGUCGGAUUUGGGCUACAACUCUCUGUCGAAGGAGGAAGUUCGACGAGGCGACGCGGCUCCCCCCGACAAAGACGAGAAGAAGGAGAGCGACUGCAGCUCCUUGUCGGAGACUGAGAGCGCAAAGGGCAGCAAGGACUGCCUGCCUCAGCUGGACCUGGAGAUCGGCUCCUCCUUCAAGCCUCGAGGAAUCGUUCGGAGCAGCUAUCCGUACGGGGAUUCUGCCCGGAAACCCAGGAGCUCCACCAGCGCAGGCCACAUCGCUGGCCUCCUCUUCACCACGUCUCUGGAUGAGAUCGGCGAGGUUCACGCCAGCAGCCUGCUGCGGCGCCACCGCAGCGCCCUGGAGGAGGUGGUGGGCAGCGCCGCUCUGGACUGGCAGGCGGCGCGGGCCCGCCGCGUGAGCGGUGACACGCCGGGCAGCGGCGGCAGCGGCGCCACCGUCCUCGGCCUCGGCAUGAGUCAGGCGGAGACCGACCCUGAUAAGAUCGCCGGACUGCUGGGCGCCGAUGUCAAGAUCCUGUCCGGUACCAACUACAGCCAGAGGCGUCACUUAGGAGGCUUUAAUUACAAAGAGGAGGAGGAGGAGCAAAGCUACAGUGAUGAAGAUAAGAGUAACACGGAAGCCAUUUUUGAUUUUGAGGAUCUGGACUUGGAGAAGCCGUCUCAGGGGGUCAGACAUCUGAAAAAGCCCGAUGAGCGCAGCGCCAGCUACGGCGGCAUGAGCUCGGCGGGGCCCAGAGGAGCCGUGACUCGGACCGGCAUCGCAGCGGGCUUCGACCCGCUCUCCCUGAUGGCCGCAGAGUCGCAGAGCGCCACGUACCCGGAUGGCGACGAGGCCGGAGCGCAGGGCGCCCGCCGUAACCUGGCCCGGGAGAUCGAGCUGUACAUGAGCCACCUGGACACCCCGCUGAGCAGCCGCACGUCCAGCUCCGAGCUGCAGGGCCCGGCCAGCCCGCUGCUGCUCCAACCCCACGCCGCCGCCGCGUUCCGGAGGUCCAGCUUGCCCCACGCUGCUCCACUCAGGACCAGCGCAAUGCCGCGCUCACGCACCUUUCACCAGGCGUCGCCGGCCCGGCCCGCGUCCCGCCAGCGGUUGAUGUCGUCGCCGUCGGGCCGCAGCUCCAGCACCAGCCCCAGCCUCAGCCCCUUCAGGGAGCGCCUCGCCUCGCCGUCCUCCUCCGCCUUCGCCCUGGACGCCCUGCUCACCCCGACACUCGACGUCUUCAAGACCAGCGUGGUUUCUGCUGGGAAGGGCGUGGCGGAGCGGGCCAGCCGCUGGUACUCGCGUUUCGCCACGUCCAACACGCCAACCAAGGAUGGCUUCAGCGACCGUCUGAGCGUUUCCUCCCUCAGUGUCGGAGAUCCAGACGGCUCCAUCCAGGACGAAGCGGAGUACGAGGAGUCGGAGCCGCUCGGCGUCUCCCCUCAGAAGAACGGUCCCUCCUGUCCCCGCAGGAGUCCCGUCCACAGCCGGGUGGACAGUCCCACUGCAGGACGCAGCCUGGGCAGACCCACGUCUCUUCCUCCUGGUUGUCCUCUGUCUCUGCCCGGGUUCUCUCUGCCGGACAAGUCCGACCUCGGAUCGUCGCGCUGCACCAGCAACACCAGCAUCUUCAACAACUUCGCUAUGGAGCUGCUGAUCUCCAGCUGCUCUCGCUGUAAAACCUGCGACUGCCUGGUUUACGACGAGGAGAUCAUGGCUGGAUGGACGGCCGACGACUCCAACCUCAACACCACCUGCCCCUUCUGCGGAAACCCCUUCCUGCCGUUCCUCAACGUGGAGAUCCGGGACCUGAGAGGACCCGGGAGGCUCUUCCUGAAGGGCAGCCCGUCCAUGGAUGACGCCAUGACCUCAUCGUACUCCGCCUCCACGGGUCUGGACACGGGGACGUCCACGCUGUCCACGCCGUGUCCCACCACAGCCGUGUUCCCUCCCUCACCCACAGCAGCCGCGAAGGAAACUCCUGGGAGGACUCGGCCCAGCAGGGCUCAAGGCAUCAACAUCCCCACAGAGCGCCGCCAGGGGGCGCUGUCCUCCGGCGGACCCAUAACCCGCAGCGUCAGCGCCUUCGGCCCCAUGGAGGAAGAGUCUCAGCUCAGCCACCUCCUGCCGACGUCCGGCAGCCUGCCGAGCCAUCUGAACGAAGCCGCGGACCCGCUCAGCAUGGACUGGCAGCUCCACAACCCGGAGCCCGUCACGGUGCCGUACCUGAGCCCGCUGGUUCUGUGGAAGGAGCUGGAGAGUCUGCUGGAGAACGAGGGCGACCCGGUGAUCGCCGAGGCCGACAUGGUGGACCACCACCCCAUCAUCUACUGGAACCUGCUCUGGUACUUCCGGCGGCUGGACCUGCCCAGCAACCUGCCGGGCCUCAUCCUCACCUCUGAGCACUGCAACAGAGACUCCCAGGUCCCUCGUCACUGGAUGUCCGAGGACAGUAAACAUGUUCUGAUCCAGAUCCUGUGGGACAACCUGAAGCUGCACCAGGACCCGGUCCAGCCUCUGUACAUCCUCUGGAACACAUACAACGUGGGCUACCCUCCGACCCGGCCGGUCCCGGAUGACGAGAAGCCUCUGACCGACGAGCUGCUGCAGGCCGUGGUGCGCAGCAUCCAGAGGAACGACGUCGGCCGGCCGAUGGCGCAGCUGCUGCAGCUGCUGGACCGGAUGCUGGGGGUCAAACGCCAAAGGAGUUUGUACAGAGACAUCCUCUUUCUGUCCCUGGUGGCGCUGGGAAAAGAUAACAUCGAUAUCGACGCCUUCGAUCGUGAGUACAAGCUGGCGUACGACCGCCUGCUGCCCCCGCUGGUCAGGCUGACCCAUAACUGUGACCGUCCUCCGGGCGCCGGCGUCAUGGAGUGCCGCCGGACGUUCGGAGAGCCUUACCUGUGAGUCGCUGCCCUCCUCCUCCUCCUCCUCCUCUUCCUCACCGCUUCACCUCCAGCUCAGGAACCCGCAGCAGGACUGGACCGUCGCUGUGGUAAUGCUCGGCUUCGUCCGGCACCUCGCCUUGUUUCUGUUGAAAUCCAACCAAAAUACACAGAAAAAAAUACCCUGUAAAUAAGCGCCGGUUUUUAAUCCAGCAUUUAUAUUGUGUAAUCAUAAAUCACAUGGAGACGAACUGCAGCAAUAUUUUAACUUGAAUUCUAUUUGUACAAAGUUAGCUUUAUUUAUUGCGUCCUGUUGCAGCUCACUGCGCUCGCCUGCAGACUGAAGGAAACCCGCCUCGUGUUGCAUCAAAACACCAAAAAAUGCAAAUAACUAAAAGCCGUGUUCACCAAGCAGCUGUGUUAAAAACAAUUUCAUCCCAAACAUAAAUGUUUCAUUCAGUGACGUUUAAUGUGCUUCUCUGCUUUAUUCAAAAGAGACCUAGCAAACCGGCUGCUCUACUCAAUGGGAGAGGAGCAAUAAAUCUAGAUUUUACUUUCGUAUAUAACUUGAAAUGUUCCCAUAAUAACCAGACGAUGUCUCUGUUUCUGUUUGGUUUGUUUUAAAACCUUUUUCCAAUAUUUUCUUUUGUCAAUCACCUUCUGAACGGAGCGUCAUCAUCAGGACUCCUCUGGUUUAUCUGGUUUUCAAAGUUAUUCAAGUCCAGAUUUUAAAUAUAAAUCCUGAAAGUACAACACAGACAUUGUUAUACACUGCAAAAACAAAAUAUUACCAAGUAUUUUUGUUUCAUUUUUAUUGCAAAAAUCUUAUAACACUCAAAAUGGGAGAAGCUUUUUAGUAAAACAUCGGAGUUUAUUUUACAUUGGAAAAAUGUCAUAAGUGAAAUGAUGCUAGUGAAACUUGAACUUUUUCAGAAUAUUAAGUAAUACUUUCUUGAAAACGGGCACUAAUAUCUUGUUAAAAAGUAACGUGUAAUUUAUUUUUGUCUUAUUUCAAGUGCACUAAGAAAUUUGCACUAAAUCAUUCUUGGUAAGAUUUUGUGUUUUUGCAGAUAGAGCAGAAAUGCAUAAAAUAUCAAAAUACUCCAGAUGUUACCCAGUUUAUUAGACUGUCGGUUAAAAUACAGUUUAUUUUUAAAAGCACUUUAAAUUUAAUUUUAGAAACUACUUUCUAGAAGCUCAACAAACUCUUGAUAUUCAGCAAAUGUUCAUUUUUUAAAUUGUGAAUUCUCAAAGAAUAUUUUGCUCUACAGUUAUAUUCCUAAUAUUUUCUGUCAUUUUCACAAAACUUUCAACUUGACUGACACUAAAAUUCACAUCUAAAAUUAACUAUCCAGAUUUCAUUUAUUUAAGGCUGCUUUAAUUUUGUAUGUGGAAUUAAAAUGUUCUUAAAAUCCUUUCAGCGUUUAAUUUUCAAAUAUUUUCAAAAGAUUGAAAUCUGCACAAAUAAAAAAUCUUAAGUAUUUUGUCCAUCUUCUGGUGCAAAUAUCUUCGCACAAUUUAAAUAAGACAAAUUACAACAAACUUUUCAUAAAAAUAUUGGCAAUAAUUCCUUAUUGAUUAAAGAAGUACCAGUGGAACUUCAUAUUUCAUUUUAAGGGAUUAUUGACUUAAAUCAAACUGAAAAGUUUUGUAAGUUAGUUUUUGUCUUAUUUCAAGUGUUGUAAGAUAGUUAUACUGGAAACCAGAUCAAAGAUACUUUGUAAUAUUUGUUUUUACAGUGAAUGAAGUCAAACUUUUUCAGAUUCUUCUCGAUUGUGUGACAUCUUUGUUCAUAUUUGGCGGAAAAAACACAUUUUCUCUAAAUUUUCUGUCGCAGUUGCUAGAAAACAUGAAAUUUGCUCAAAAUCUAAAGAUAAAUAUCACUGCUAAGGUACGAUGUUUAAAUAUGGGUCCAGAAUAUUUCUGAAACAAAACUUUACUGAUAUUUUUACUUUUAUGAAGUUGUAAACUAAUGAGAUUCUGUUGGGAAGAACCAAACGAACUGGACAGAAGUUGAUGCUAACACCUUAUCAGUGUUUUUAUUUUAUCUUGUGUUUUUUCAUGAACGGUACCGGUCCCGGUCCCGGUUCUGGACCUGGCGUCACAUAAAUGUUUGUUUGUGGAUUUGGUUGAAGGAGGACUCCCAAGUUUAAGCUUGAGGGUUUCAUGAACGUCGACCAAAUGUCGCAGAAGAGACCAAAACUGGAAAAAAUGAACAAGUUGCACUUUAAUCCUUCCAGAAAACAAAUACCUGAUGAACCGGGAUUUCUGCUGCUUGGGAAAAAAAAAAAAAAAGGUUUUCCAGAACCAAGUCAAUAAAUGUUUUGUUUGUAAAACAAAAAAAUAAAAAAAAUCACAUUUUUUUGCAGCGGGUUCUUUUACCGGUGUAGAAGGUUGAACUACUGGAACUGUAAAUAAAAUCAUUUAACGCUCUCA